AUGAUAUUUUACGACGGCCAAGAAGAGCUGGACAACGUUGUCUGGGACAAGAACGACGAGGAUUCUGAGGCAGCACAAAACCAACUACGUCUCAAGACUUUUUGUCACAAAGUGGAAGAAUUCGCUCAAGAGAAGUUUGGCAAGAAAGCAGAACUCAUCUCUCCAUUGAUCUUUGGCGGGUUCAAUGUUCUCUACCGCAUCAGAGUUGAGGGGCUGUCGCCUGAUGUCAUGUUGCGAGUUCCCUGCCCAAGUCUUGUUCCAUUCCCUGGCGAGAAGACUAUAUACGAGGCUGCCACAGCCUGCCUGGUUGCAGAAAGAACAGAAUUGCCAAUUCCUCGUCCCAUGAGCUUUGGAGACGAGUCGGAGUUGGGUCCGUUUAUAAUAAUACACCGUCACGAGAAUAAAGGGAGCAUAUCAGCUCGGCUAACGAGGCCGAGUGAAGACCCUUCAAGCCCUCAUGUUCUAGACCCGAACGCAUCUGACUCUAUGCUGUACUCCGUUUGGGGGAAGGUAGCACAUUGCUUGCUGCAACUAUCACAACUUACAUUCCCCAAAAUUGGUUCCUUAGUUCAGACCAAAGAAGCUACUUAUGAGGUGGCCGGUCGUCCGUUAAGUCACAACAUGGCAGACAUGGUUUGGUUGGCAAACAUUCCUCGAUGCAUAUUACCCCGCAAGGACAAGACGUAUGGAACUGCAGAUGAGUGGUACAUUGCCCUGGCAGAAAUGCAUAUCGCUCAACUUCUAUUCCAACACAACGAUCUCGUCACAUCUGAGGACGAUUGCCGCAAUAAGUAUGUCUCACGACAACUCUUUCGAAGACUGGCCAAAGAAGGUCGAUUGUCUACCUUUGGCUUCUCUGAGGACAAAUGGUCCCACCAGUCAUCCAAGAUCCCCCCAGAAACACUAUCGCCAGCUCCGUCUAGUUCAGACUCUUUUAGACUUUGGGGCGACGACUUUAGAGCAGGAAAUAUUCUUCUUACUAAAUCGGAUGAGAUCGCUGCUCUCAUCGAUUGGGAGUUUACAUAUGCUGCGCCUACGCAAUUCAUCCUUGAUCCGCCCUGGUGGCUGCUCCUCGAAACCGCAGAGAUGUGGCCACCCGGUCUUGAAGAUUGGAAGGCUACAUAUGAGCUUAGUCUACAGAUCUGGCUUUCUGCAAUGGAAGAAGCUGAAACCAACAUGCCAGAGUCCCAUAAAGCUUCUUUGCCGGCGCCACUGUCGAGAUAUAUGCGAGAGAGCUGGCAAACAGGGCGCUUCUUCUUGAGCUAUGCGGCUAGGAAGAGCUGGGCAUUUGAUGCUAUGUACUGGAACUUUCUCGAUGAGAGGUUCUUCGGGGAUCGGGAUGGAAGUGUCACGAAAGACGAUCUCUGGAAGACGCGUGUAAACUUGUUGUCUGAAGAAGAGAGAAAGACUAUGGAGACUUUUGUUAAGGAGAAGAUUGAGGAGGGUAAGCAAAGGAAAAUUAUGGAAUGGGAUGAAGAGGAUGCAAAGAAGAGGUUCUCUGAACUUCUCUUUAAUUAA